GGCGCGGGCUCGGGCGCUGCUCCGUCCCUCCGGCCGGCGGGAGCCGGGGCCGCCUUGCCAGGGCCGCUCGCUCGCCUCGGUGAGUUGGAGCUUUCGGCCCCUCUGAGGGGGCUGCGAGGUGCGGCCUGUCCUCAUCUUCCUCCGCCUCUGCUUCCCUCCCUCCCUCAUCCCCUUCGCCUCCCCUGCUGAAAGGUGUCGCUUUACUUGGUUUAAGUAAGUACGCGGUAUCUUCCGAGCGAUGGAUCUUUUGGGGAGAGCUCGGAGGCAGGCUUUAAGGGAAAACCAGACAAAAACCCAACAAAACCCACACCUGGUGUUUCUUAAAUAUUCUUACGGGCAUUCAGUCUCUUGCCAUAAAAGAAAAUGUCUACAUCUAGCAUUGCAGCAAGAGUGGAAACCUGGCUUUCAUCCACAUGGCACGUUAGAGUUCCCUUGACAUGGCUGGAAGCAUGUAUUAAUUGGAUCCAGGAAGAAAAUAGUGGUAGUAACUUAAGUCAAGCUCAGAUUAACAAGCAAGUAUUUGAGCAAUGGCUUCUCACUGAUCUGAGAGACUUGGAAUAUCCCAUUUUGCCUAACUGUAUCUUAGAUACUCCCAAAGGAGAGCUAUCAGGCUUCUACUCCAUACAGAUUGAUUCACUGGUUGAUGUUAGCCAGCCAGCAUAUUCUCAGUUGCAGAAGCUAAGAGGGAAAAGCACUGUAAAUGAAGAAGUAACAGCCAGUACUCAGGCAUUUCAGAAGCCCUGGGAAGCAAAGCCUACUCGGAUGCUGAUGCUACAACUAACUGAUGGCAUACAUCAAAUUCAGGGCAUGGAGUAUCAACCGGUGCCUGUUCUCUGCAGUAACCUUCUUCCUGGAACAAAAAUCACUGUACACGGCAAUAUUUCAUAUCGUCUUGGAGUUCUUCUGCUUAAACCAGAAAAUGUGAAACUGUUGGGGGGUGAAGUUGAUGCUCUUUUUGAGGAUUAUUGUCAGGAAAGAGUCCUUGCUAGAUUAAUUGGAGAAACUGAGAACCCUAAUGCUGUUGGACAAGCUGGACAUGAACAGAUUUUUUCAAGGCCCGUGGAUGAAUUAGAACAAACUCUUGGACCUUCAGAUGAAGAGCUUUUGGCCAGCCUUGAUGAAAAGAAUGAAUUUACUUUAAACAACCGAACAUCUUUAGAAAGUGGAUACUAUAGUAGAACCAACAAUUUUAAUACAGCCUCAGGUUCACUGACUGCACACACUGGAAAUGUUUUGCUACAAAAAUCUGGAAAUCUUUUCCCUCACUCAGCUGAACAAGUUUCACCUCCCAUAGAAUAUGCUGAUGACUUUUUAAAUGACUUUCCUUUAGAAGAUGACUUUCUUCUGGAAGAAGAGAUGCAAAGAGAGAUAGAAGAAGUGCCACCAGUGGUCAUGAACAGAAACAUAGGUUUAAUUACUGGCAGACUUCCACAUACAUCUGGAAGCUCCUGCAAUUCAUCUUUAAAUCGCACUGGUGAAGAAGACAAUGUGAAUGAAAGAGAUAAGCCCAGGGAAGCUAUCAGCAAGGAAAAGAACGUGAGAAGAAUGAUAUUUGAUGAAGAUGGAAAUAGCAUGAGUAAGUUUUUGCAGCACAAGGGCUUACAUCAGACCUGCAGUUCAUCAGAUUUUUCUUUGGAAAAUCCUCCUGAGGAAGGGCAGAAUUAUACAGACCUAGAUGAGAGCAGAUGUAAACAGCAGCUCACUUCUGACAGCAGGGUAUUAAAUGAUAAUCCUGUAUGUUCCUUAAAAAUGGAUCCGGAAGGAGAUCAGCAGAAACGUGAUUCACAGAUCUUUCCUUGCAAGACAGUAGAGGCACAUUUAGAUUUAAAUUCUCCACCUUUCACAUAUAUUUCCCUUCUCCUUGCAAAAAAACCAGAAACUGUUACAAUUCUGAAAGUUAAAUGUUUUAUUGUCACUCUCACCGGAAACCUCACAAAAACCAACGGGUCCUGGGGUAUAAAGGCAAAAAUUUCUGAUGGCUCUGCUUAUCUUGAAGUAGAUUUUGCUGAUGAUAUUCUAACAAGUUUGAUUGGCUUUUCAGUGCCUGAAAUGAAUAGGCUGAAAAAGGAUCCAGCUUUACGUCUAAAACUUAAGGAUGGUUUAGAAAAAUGUCAAAAACAGCUGAUAGAUCUCUGUUGUUUGAUGACUAUUGAGUUUAAUCCAUUUCAGUCUAAAGCUACUGUAUUAAUUCUCCAGGAUACUGAUGCUUCACAUCUAGAACAAUUGAAGAAACGUUUGAAUAAAUAACGUGUGCAAACUUGCAGACUAUAAAUUAGGAAAUGUUUAAGUCAGAUUUCCCUUGAAGGACUCUAGAAAGUUAAAUUUUAAAGUUAAGUGUUGUGUCUUUUAUCAGGAGUUAUAAUGUAAAAGUGAGACAAGGAGAUUACUUGUUGGAGCAAAACUGGGCAGUUUGUUUUUUAUGGUGACAGUAUUGGAAUAAGAUUUCAAAUAUUUCUGUCUUUAAUUUUUCAGUCUGCAAAAUCCUGUGUGUUCUAGACUGGUAAUGCUGAGUGGCGGAAUUUGUCAGGAAAUGUAUAACAAUGAACAAACCAUCUUGUUAUUUUACUUUUUCAAGUACUUACCUGAUUUUUAAAAGAAAGGUACAGGAGACUCAGUUUUUUCUUGGAGAAAAUCAGUUGAAUAAACUUAAAUAACAAAUUACAGUUUAAAUACAGUCCCUUCUGACUAUGCCAAUCUGAAGACUCAAAUCUAUAUUCACUGUGCAAGAACAUAAAGUAUAGAGAAAUGAAAGAUUGUCUUCUAAAGGUUCAGGUGUGAGGAAAAAAAAUCUAAUCCUAUACAAAAAGGAGAUGAAAAAAAACCUUAUAUUUUUAGAAAUAAUUAAAAAGAAGGCCAAGUGUUUAAAAAUCUUUAUUAGCAGAAAAUUAUUAUAUGGGGAUUCUAUUUUUUUAUUGUCAUGUAAAUGUUAAUCAUUGCUAAUAGUUUUGAAACUAGAGACAAACUCAUUCAUUAACUCCUACGGUUACUUGACUAACCUUUUUACACAGUAGUCAAAUACUUGUGCUGCACAUAUGUUGUAUAGUAUAUGUUUAAUGUUCAUCUUAAUUUUGAUUGAUUUUUUCAAAUUUCUUCUACUAAAAUAAUACGUUAACGUUUUCAUUUAAAUUUUGGUGGAUGCUGCUUAGUCACUUUGAAAUAAAAAUAUGUAUUUUGGUGGGUGUAUAGAGUAUGAGAAA